CUUGGUCCUGGUUAAGAAGCUGGAAAGAGGACGAUGAACGAAACAAUUCAUCGACUAAUCGUUUCAGCUCGACUUUCGAACAUGCGGUGCGGUCUUUAAAAGUUAAAGCCUUGACUUCCCGGAUUUUGCGACCUGUCGUGCACGUAUUAUCCGCGGUGGGCGGGGUUAACAACUACACCGACAGGGAUCAUUACAAACACACCAGCUGCUCUUCUAGCUGGCGGUUAUUUCUACCGUUGAGGCUAACACUUCCCACCGCCCCCCAAAAAAACAUGCCUGUUUUAACAUUCCUACUUGGAGCGAGUCCGCACUGUUGCUCAAAUGUGAAAGUGUAGGAAACUUUUUUUUGUCUUUAAUGGGUUGAAGAGUGUGAAGUCGCUUUGGGAGGGAAAUAACGGUACGCAGCGUUAGCCGAGUGUUAGCUUACCAGCAACAGGUUGGUUGCUAACUAAGUUAACUGACUCCGGUAAAACGGUGAUGGAGCGCGCGACCUUUUCGAAAUAUUCCUGGAUCGAUUUCGUCUUCUCUGUGAUCGGAGUGUGUACCUUCUUGGUGGACUGGGGGUCGGACGUGUGGGUGGCCACCGAGUUUUACUGCCGAGGGGACUUUUUCUGGUUCGGGGUGCUGGUCGGCCUCAUGGUCCUGUCAUCUGUCGUGGUCCAGAUGUUCAGCUGGUUCUGGCUUAAGUAUGACCGAGAGCUGCCGUGGUUCAGUGCGCAGACCGGAGGAGGAACCGUGCUCUUCGGGGACCAAGUGAAGCUCUCCUGCCUGUUACAUGUGCUGCAGCUGGGUUUCCUCUGCAGGCACAUCUCUGCCAUACGGCAAGGCUUCAGGGUUUGGUGGAGGAAACAGGAAGGGUCAGAGUACGCAGUUUACCUGACCCAUGACCUCAGCAUGCUCCGGCUUAUCGAGACUUUCUGCGAGAGUGCUCCUCAGCUCACCCUGAUGAUUUAUGUCAUGCUGCGCACAAACAAGGCCAGGACGGUUCAGUUUGUGAGCAUCGCUGCAUCAACCACUUCCAUAGCCUGGAUGGUGGUGGAUUACCACCGCUCCCUGCGCUCCUUUCUCCCAGAUAAGGCCAAGCAGGGCUGGUGUUCCUCCUUAAUCUACUUCCUGUGGAACCUGCUGCUAAUCGCCCCACGUGUGGCGGCCCUCGCCCUCUUCGCCUCUGUCCUGCCCAGGUACAUCGCUGCCCACUUUCUGAUGCUGUGGUUUGUCUUUGUGCUAUGGGUCUGGCGACAGAGGACAGACUUCAUGGACAGCGUCAGCGGGGAGUGGCUCUACCGGGCCACUGUAGGGCUCAUUUGGUACUUCAGCUGGUUUAACGUAGCAGAGGGUCAGACCAGAGGCCGGAGCAUCAUCUACCAUUCCUUCAUCACCACUGAUGGAGGAAUCCUGCUGGCGACUUGGUGGUGUUACAGGGACCCAGUCCAGACUGAGUCAUACGCCCUCGCUAUGCUCAUCACUCUACCUUUCACCUACCUCCUCGGGCUGCUCUUUAAAGCCCUCUACUACUGCUGCUUCCACCCCAAGCUGUGGAGGCCCCCUAUGAGGGACCCAGGACUGCCUGAUGAUCUGCCUGAUGCAGAAGUGUCCUUUAGAGACUUUUCCAUCCAGGACGGCACCCUGUCCUCCCAGCUUCUCAACAAACGGAUGGCCGGCCAUGCUACUCAUUUUUACUCAGAGCGAGGAGUCAUUGGAAACAUUGAUAGCACAAAUAGAGCGUUAACACAUCUGUGAUGUCUGAUUACUACCGAUAAACGUUACCUUCUUUGCUAGUGACAGAAUGCAACAAUCUCUCUCUAGACUGUCUCCUGUUGUGCUGCAAUUUCACCAGAUGCUCAGUAUGCUAGCCAAAAUACAAACUCAAAAACGGUGCUUUGAACUAAAAGUGGGCAACAUGGUUAAAAUCCUUUUCAUCAGUACAUAUUUUGCGAUAUAGUAAAUUCCUGGAAAAUCAGAUAAUAAUUGAUUUUGACUAAUCUAACAAAUGAAAUGUCUGACAAAUCCAAACUCUUCAUCACAUUGAUGCAAAUACAUAAAAAUAAAGCAGCUGCUCGUUGAUUUGCCACCUUGCCACAAUGGCACUAAUACCACCAUAGAUAUUACAGGGACAUCUGCCACAGUAACAGUAAACAGUAUGGAAACAUCUCUCACUUUUUACAGAUUUAUAUCAUCUCACAGUAUAUUUGUCAUAUUUGUCAACUCUACUCGAAACGGGGGUAAUUUGUUAAGCCAAUUUCUAAACUAACAAAGUGAAGUGUUAGUUUUAUUUGAUGCAUUUUCUACAAAGAAAUUUUUAUUUUGUUGUCUUUACACAUGGGGGGGGGGGUUACCAUAUGGGUUUGUUGUUGUUGUGUGAACACCUUGUAUUUCCAAAAUACAAACUUAUAACCUUGUUGUUUUGACAACAAGGUAAAUAAUAAAUAAUUAAUAUAUAAAAAAAAUACUUUAUCCAUAAUAAGCCCAAGAGGUCUGACAGUUUUCUCAAUUUAUGUAGUUAAUUUCAAAAUUUUAAAGGUCCAGUGUGCAACAUUUAGGAGGAGCUAUUGGCAGAAAUGGAAUAUAAUAUUUAGAAGUAUGUUUUCAUUAGUGUAUAAUCAUCUGAAAAUAAGAAUCGUGUUUUCAUUACCUUAGAAUAAGCCGUUUUUAAUCUACAUAUGGAGUGGGUCCCUUUCCACAGAGGUCACCAUGUUGCACCGCCAUGUUUCUACAGUAGCCCAGAACGGACAAACCAAUCACUGGCUCUAGACUGCGUUUUUUGCGAGUUUUGCGGCCACUGUAGUUUCUCCUACACGCUUGGAAGGGGAGGGUGAGGUGAGCGGUAUUCAAAUGGUUGCAAACUGCAAUUUCACCACUAGAUGCCACUAAAUCCUACACACUGGACCUUUUAAAUUAAUUCACCAAAAUUAGGUUUUUACAUGACAACAAGGGGUAUCUAAAUAUGUGUGUUGUGUUUUCGGGUCGUGUUACAGCUGCUGCUACUGGAACCUAUUGAAGGACUUUGAAUGUAGAUUUGACCAUAAGCUCUCCUUUUAUAAUUUCUAUGUCCUGUUACUGUGCGAAACAGCUGUUUGACAGGGUGUUAGUUUUUAUAAAGAUGAUAUUGAUGGUGUAAAAUAAGUUAAAGUCAAGUGCUAAUUCUUUACAUGUCAACCAAGAAUUGUUACUACAUAUUUAACAACAAACCUUAGUGUUACUUUCACUCACUCAUCCACUGUUUGUUUAGUUUGUUUAAAUGUCACAUGUGCCAGACGUCUCUUGUUUACUUAAUAUUAAUUCAGACAUGACAAUGAUCAAAGCACACUUUUCUGUGGUGAGUAAAACUGUGCUACACUUAAGCAAUCUGCAUUAUUCUAGACAGAGCAUGUUUUAUUUAAAUCUUUCCGGGUGUCCUGGAAGUUAUUUAAAGUCGGUGUUUUGUUUUAUGUGCUCUUUUCACAUGUUAAACCUCUUUCGGUUCAUUGUUUGUUUCUUUGUAGUUAUACUUCUUUGCCACAUACUCUGCUGAAACCAAAAGUCAAGGUCAUUGCUGUUUGUUAAUCUUUUACCUCAUUUGCCAUGUGCAAUCAUUAAAAUGGUAACGAUGGUGUAUUA